AUGGACAACAUCAUCAAGCCACAAUUCUCUCGCAAUCCGCCCUUCACCCACUGCCAAGCCACUGAUGCAGCACCAAACAGCCAGGAGGAGGAGGAGAGGAACAGCAGAAGCGCCGUUUGCCCCUCGUGGCCGUCAGCAGGGGCAGUGCGAGUGGAGCAGCUGACAGUGCGGUAUGGCAGUUCAGGGCUUGCAGUGCUGCGCAGCUUGAGCUUUCGGCUCGCGGGGGGAGAGAAGUGCGGCGUGGUGGGGCGAACAGGUGCAGGCAAGUCGACCCUCAUGCUCGCGCUGCUGCGGUUGGUAGAAUCGUCUUCGGGGACCAUUCACAUUGAUGAUUUGGACAUUGCAUCACUUCCCCUCGCCACCCUGCGCAGUAAGGUGGUGGCCAUUCCUCAAGAGCCGGUUCUUUUCAGCCAGUCAUUGCGAUUCAACCUUGAUCCCAUGGGUCACCCUCCCAAACCCCGUUUCGCACCCCCCAUUCCCUCCCAUCCUGUGCUUUAUCCCUCUCGUUCCCCUAUCACAGCCUGCACAAUGACGAGUCCCUGUGACCAGGGCAGUACUGGCAACGGUGCGCGUAAAGCCGCUGGUGGCCGCUUUUCAGUCAACUCAGAAAUCACUUGCACCCUUCCAUACCCCACCUCACCACCCCCCAUGCCCCAUCACAGGCAGCACAGUGACGAGGCCCUGUGGCAGCACAGUGACGAGGCCCUGUGGUCGGUGCUGGCAACAGUGCGCCUAAAGCCGCUGGUGGCGAGGCUGCUGGGCGGGCUGGAUGGUGCCCUGGCUCAGGGCGGUGGAAACCUGUCCCUGGGGCAGAGGCAACUGCUCUGCCUUGCAAGGUACGCCUAA